CUAACCACUGCACCGCGCAGGAGCUCUGGCAACAACCACAACGGAGGAUUGGAGCAUAGCAAUACUGCCAGCGAAAUAACAACAGAGAAAGAUAGCUGUCUGAAUACAAGGAUGGCAGUGAAUGUGCACGCCACGUCUGUGUCCUGUGACACCCUGAGCCGACAUGACAUGCUGGCCUGGCUCAACGACUCCCUGCACCUCACCUACACCAAGAUAGAACAGCUCUGCUCGGGGGCAGCGUACUGUCAGUUCAUGGACAUGCUGUUUCCAGGCUGUGUCCUUCUAAAGAAGGUCAAGUUCCAGGCCAAGCUGGAACACGAGUUCAUACACAACUUCAAGGUUCUCCAGGCUGCCUUCAAGAGGAUGGGCGUUGACAAAAUAAUUCCCGUGGAGAAGCUGGUAAAAGGAAAGUUCCAGGAUAACUUUGAGUUCGUGCAGUGGUUCAAGAAAUUCUUUGACGCCAACUAUGAUGGGAAGGAGUACGACCCGCUACAGGCCAGACAGGGACAAGAUGUGAACCCCGCCCCCAAUCCAGGCCCCCAGAGGCACUCGCCCACGGUGCCCAAGAUCCUACCCACGCCCCAGAGGGUGCUGAACACCACUGUGCAUGUGAGGAAGGCCCCGGCCCUGACGCGGAACGGGGGCACCGACGCAGAACUCUUGGAGCUAAAUCAACAGUUAAUGGAGCUGAAGUUAACGGUGGACGGACUAGAGAAGGAGAGAGAUUUCUACUUCAGUAAGCUGAGAGACAUUGAGCUGAUCUGUCAGGAACACGAGAGUGACACCAACCCUCACCUCUCCAGGAUCAUGGACAUUCUCUACGCCACAGAGGACGGCUUUGCUGCUCCAGAUGAUGACGAGAUUGAUGGACAGGCCCACUUGGACCAGGAUGAAUACUGAGUCUCUACUACCUUCUGUCUAUUCACAUCCCCCUCUCCCUCCUCUAAUAGCUUCUGUCUAUCCACAUCCCCCUCGCUCUCCUCUAAUAGCUUCUGUCUAUUCACAUCCCCCUCUCCCUCCUCUAAUACCUUCUGUCUUUUCACAUCCCCCUCUCCCUCCUCUAAUCGCUUCUGUCUAUUCACAUCCCCCUCUCCCUCCUCUAAUACCUUCUGUCUAUUCACAUCUCCCUCUCCCUCCUCUAAACCCUUCUGUCUAUCCACCCCCCCCUCUCUCUCUCUCUGUUUCUCUCUCUGUUUCUCUCUCUCUCUCUCUCUGUCUCUCUGCCUCUCUUUGCCUCUCCCUCUCUUUUGCCCCUCUCUUGUUCUUGUUCUAUCUCUUUUCAUAUGUAUAUAUGUGUGUCUCCUCCUUCCCCCUCUGCAAUGUACUGUACAUACACCAUUACAUCUCAUAAGCUACCCCUCGCUCCCUCCCCAAUGACACAGUAGCAGCAACAAUAACAGAACAUAUCCUAGUCGUUCCAGCAUGGUACAUAGUAACACAGAAUAAUGACCCAAACCAAGGGGAUAUUAAUGGGGGUGUUAGGCCUGCACAAUUCAUUCAGAGUUGUAAAUAUGACAAAAAAGGAACGAUUUUGAAAUAAGGUAGAUGUCUGAAUGCAUUUGUUUGUUUGUCGUUUGGUUUGACUCGCGCUUUUUCUAAAACUCAUUUUGGUUCUAUUCCGGAGUGUAGAAAGCACCUUGUGCAUGUUAUUGUAUUACAGGGUACCACAAGAGUCCUAAAAUAGACUAACAAAAUCACCUAUGACAACAAAUUAUAUUUAAUUUGUUUUUACUUUCUUAUUUAUUGAUUUGGAUUUUAACUACUAUCGGUACAAUAAUUGGUGCAAAAUGUAUGUAAAUUAAACAAUACUAUAACGUAUGCUCAUGGUAGUGAAAAGGCUUAAGCUUUUUGUUUCAGUUGUUGGCAUGUAGUAACGUCAAGGGAAAAUUCCUAAAAGAAAGUGUUCCAGAAAUAAUAAUUUCGGUAUAGGAUAUGACCAAUGUUCUUUGACUGUACUCAUUCUGGAUGAGCUGUAUUUGAACAUGAGAAUGCCCUAAAUUAACAGGGAAUGGGCGAUAUAUUCAGAAACUCAUUUAUGUGGAGAUGUUAUGUUCAAAUAGAAGUGUCUGGGUACAUGCCAUGGUAUUUAUUAUGUAUAAUGAGUUUAACAUUCAUUUGGUAUUAACAAUACCUGAGUUACUAUGUAGGCUGACUAUGGCAGCAAAUAGUUUUUUUUAAUUUAACUGUAAAAAUGUGUUGUUUUUAAAAGAGCCUGAAAACAAUGAUUUACUUUGAUUUGAUCAUAUCACGUUUCUGCUGCUAAUUUUGCUGUGUUUCUACUUUUUGCUAUAAUAUAUUGCUCAGCUGUAAUGAGUCGUCUUACUAAUUUCAUGUUUGAGUUUAGAGAACGAGGAAGUCAGGAGGUUGCAUCCCAAAUCAAGUUCAAGUUUUAGUACAGUGAAAUACUUAACUUGUGUGCUGUACCCAACAGUGCAGUAAUCAAAAUAUAUGAAAACACUAAGAAAUAAGAGAGGAAGCUAUAUACAGGGUCAGUGCUAAUACCAAAUGUACAAUGUGCAGGGAUACUUGAGUAUUUGAGGUAGAUAUGUACAUAUACUGUAGGCAGGGAAUAGGAGAACGUGACUGGUAGCUGGAUAAAGAAUAAUAAUAUAUCAAAAGUGGAGUCCUAAAUAGGGAAUAGUGUGCCGUUUGGGAUGGACUGAGUUAGUUAGGGGUCUAUGACCAGUUCAAAAUGAUGCUGGUCAUCAUGAGCAUCAUAAGGAAUAGAACUCCUUUGCCCUGUACUACUGCCUUGUCAAAGCAAACCUACAGCCAUCUGCAAUAGAAUCUGACCUGCAUUCUCUCAUGUGCUCUGGCUGUCUGCAUAACUCUCAUCUCUUUGAGUUGUAUUAAGUAAAUAAACAAACAAUUGUGAAAUAAACUGUUACAAUACU